ACACCGCAAAUUUGUGUAAAACUCGUACCCCGCUUUGGGUGUAAACAGUUGAUAAUACACGCAUAUGUCGGGUGUAUGGUGUAUUUUUUUUUGCUUCUAAUGUGUUGUCAUUUGUGUGAUGUUCCUUUUGCAUAGGAUGUUGUAACUUCUUCUGAACGUUCUGAAAUCUGAACCUUGGUGCAGGUCAUUUGCUGGGACCAAAUAUUGCUGCUUUGAACAGCUGUUUUGAACAGACAUCAGACACUCAACUAAGUGGAGUGGAAGAGCAAUCAAGAACUUCAGGCAAUGUGUCAAACUGUUUGGGUGCUUACUGGUGUAUGAGAAUGUCAGUGACAUCAAUCACUGCUGGUGGCUCUAGUGACUGUGACAUGUUGCAAAGUAACUGUGAAGGGCUAGCCUAUAACACAGUGUUGUGAUCUAUCAUCUAAGUGAUAAGUGACGUCGGUGCCUUGGUGUGUGGGCUCACACCCGCCCAGAUAUUCACCGGACGGCAAUCAAGAUCGUCGAAAUGUCGUCAAAUAAAGUCAGGGUGGCCGUUCGCGUGCGGCCAUUCAGCAAAAGAGAAAUGGAUCUCGAUACUCAGAACGUGGUCGAAAUGGCGGACAACCAAACGAUCCUGCACAGCCCCGCGAGUACGGUGGACAAACCUCAGCAGUCGAGUCGCCGCAGCCAAAAGACGUUCGCGUUUGAUCACUGUUUCGACUCGUCCGAGCCGGGCAGCGCCAGGUUCGCCAGCCAGGAAAUCGUGUUCAGCUCGCUCGGAAAGGACAUCCUCGACAACGCCUUUGAGGGCUACAACGCCUGCAUCUUCGCAUACGGACAGACCGGCUCGGGGAAGUCGUACACGAUGAUGGGCGGCCACGACUCUCGCGGACUGAUCCCCCGUCUGUGCGACACGCUGUUCGACCGCGUGGCCGACCGCUCCGACCCGGGCCUCACGCACAAGGUCGAGGUUAGCUACAUGGAAAUCUACAACGAAAAGGUUCACGACCUGCUGGAUCCCCGCGGCGGCAAGCAGUCGCUCAAAGUGCGCGAGCACAACCUGCUGGGUCCGUACGUGGACGGCCUGUCGGUGCUGGCCGUCUCCAGCGGUCAGGACAUUGAGCGGCUGAUUGUCGAGGGGAACAAGUCGCGGACCGUGGCGGCCACCAACAUGAACUCAGAGUCGUCUCGCUCGCACGCCGUCUUCACCGUGAUUGUUACGCAGACGCUGACCGACCUGCAGUCGGGCGUUACUGGUGAGAAGGUAAGCCGCAUCUCGCUGGUCGAUCUGGCCGGCUCCGAGAGGGCGGUGAAAACGGGUGCUGCCGGCGACCGACUCAAGGAGGGCAGCAACAUCAACAAGUCGCUGACUACUCUGGGUCUGGUCAUUUCUAAACUGGCAGACGCCUCGGCUGGCAAAGCUCGCUCCAAGGCGGACAACUUUGUCCCCUACCGGGAUUCCGUUUUGACCUGGCUGCUCAAGGACAAUCUAGGAGGGAACAGUAAGACGGUGAUGGUGGCCACCAUCUCCCCCGCCAGCGACAACUACGAGGAGACGCUCUCCACACUCCGAUACGCCGACCGAGCGAAGCGGAUCGUGAACCACGCGGUGGUCAACGAGGACCCGAACGCGCGCAUCAUUCGCGAGCUACGGGACGAGGUGGAGCGCCUGCGCGACCAGCUCUCGCGGUUGAAAUCGGGUGGCGAGAUGAUCGAGGACUUUGAGGAGACCGGUGACGACGCGCUGCGGGAAAAGCUGAGCGAAAACGAAAAGAUCAUGCGACAAAUGUCGGAAACAUGGGAGGAGAAGCUACAAAAGACAGGACGUGUACAACAGGAACGAAAACAGGCGCUGGAGAAAAUGGGAAUCAGCGUGCAGUCGGUCGGAAUCUCUGUGCAGAAAAACAAAUUCUAUCUGGUUAACCUUAAUGCUGACCCUUCGCUCAACGAGAUGCUAGUUUAUUAUUUAAAGGACCACACGGUGGUCGGCCUGCCGGACGCGCCGGGCCGCACCGACAUCCAACUGUCGGGGCUGGGCAUCCAGCCGGAGCACUGUCGACUCAUCAUUGAGGACGGCGCGCUGCACAUGGUACCGGUGGAUGGCGCGCGCUGCUGCGUUAACGGCUCGCAGGUGACGGAGCGCACCCAGCUGCGACACGGCGACCGACUGCUCUGGGGAAACAACCACUUCUUCCGCGUCAACUGCCCCAGAACCGGCGGGAGUGGAGGUGCGCCGGAGCCGCAGACGCCGGCGCAGAACUUUGAUUACGACUUUGCUCGGGAGGAGCUGGUGAUGAAGGAGCUGGGGGAUAACCCGAUCCAGACGGCCAUCGAGCGUCUGGAGCACCACCACCAGCAGGACAAACAGAUGGCGCUGGAGCAGCAGAAGCUCGAGUAUGAGCGUCAGUUCGAGCAGCUGCGCAGCGCCAUGUCGCCCUCGGCGCCCGGUCCGCUGGGCCUGGACGGCAGUCGGCGCGGGCCGUCUCUGUACAGCCCGCUGGCCCAGUCGCGGCUGGAACAGUGGGCCAGAGACAGGGAGGAGCAGUUCCGUCGCUCGGUGGCCACGCUGCGGCAGGAGAUUGUGCGCGCCAACUCUCUGGCGCGCGAGGCCAGCUCCAUGGCGCAGGAGCUGCGCCGCAGCACCAGCUACUCAGUCACACUGCAGAUCCCGCCCGAGAACCUCGGACCCAACAGACGGAGAGGUCUGUUUGUGUGCGAGCCGGCUAUCUGUGUGAAGCGGCGCGGCUACCCGAACCAGAUCUGGAGCCUGGAGAAGCUCGACAACAAGCUGGUUGACAUGCGCGAGCUCUACAACGAAAUACAGAGCGGAAACAUGAUGCAGGAUUCGGCGGGAGACCCGUUUUUCGAGACCCAGGAGAACCACCACCUGAUCGGCGUGGCCAGUCUGUUCCUGGAGGCCAUACUGCACGACGUCUGCCUCAACUACCAAGUGCCCAUCAUCAGCCAGCAGGGCGAGGUGGCCGGCAGACUGCACGUGGAGCUGGAGCGGGUGGCCGGCUGUUUCCAGGACCGGAUCGCCGACUCGACGUCCAACCACUCUGGGGACAGCGGACGGAGCGAGGAGGACCUGCUUCAAAACACCGUCACCUGUCGGGUCACCAUCAAACAGGCCACCGGUCUGCCUCCCUCUCUGUCACACUUUGUGUUCUGCCAGUACAACUUCUGGGGCUGCUCGCAGACCCAGGUGUGUCCGCCAAUCAUCACCCAGGAGCGGUCCACCCAGUGGACCACAGUGUCCGGUGACCGGGUGAUCGUCCAGUUCGACCACUGCCGAGACUUUGUCAUACCCAUCUGCGAGGAGUUCAUCGAACACUGCGCAGAGGGCGCGCUGUCGGUGGAGGUGUGGGGCCACCGAUCGGCCGGGUUCACCUCGUCAAUCCCCACCACUCUGGACGUGGUGGACAGCCAGCUGGCCAAGGCGCGCUCACUGGCCGACCGGUGGGCGGAGCUCACCAGGAAACUCGAACUCUGGGUCGAAAUUCAGGAGCUCAACGACCAUGGCGACUACCAACCAGUGGAGGUGGCGACUCGCGCGGACGUGGCCUCCGGCGGCGUGUACCAGCUGCGCCAGGGCCAGCAGCGCCGGCUGGCCGUGCGCGUCCAGCCGGUGACCAACUCGGGCACGUUGCCGCUGGUCUGUGACGCCGUCACCGCUGUCAACAUCGGCAGCGUCACCUGCAGGUACCGUCUGCAGAAGCCGCUGGACUCGUACCAGGAGGCGGACCUGAACCAGCUGCGGGAGAAGUGGUCCAGCGCGCUGGUCAGACGCCGACAGUACCUCGACUCGCACCUGCAGAAAAUCAUCAAAAAACAAGACAAAUCCGAGUCGGAUAACGACCGCGAGAAGUCGCUGCUGGACCAGUGGAUUCAGCUGAACGAGGAGCGUAACGCGGUGCUGGUACCGGCGGCCGGCUCGGGCAUCCCCGGCUCGCCGCUGUCGGCCGACGUGCCGCAGCGGCCCGGCCUCGAGCGGCAUGUGCCUGUCCUCUUCCUCGACCUCAACGCGGACGACAUGAGCACGGGUAUGCUGCCCGGCGAGCUGACGUGCGCCGGUCUCAGCUCGCACCUUCCCAAGGAGCACGGAGAGGAUAUGGUCGGGCUGACGAUCGUGCGCGCCACUGACGGCCCGGAGGUGUCUGCGGUCGUCCAGUGGGACUCGAGCGUGCACGACUCGGUCUACCUCAACAGAAUAACGCCCGCCAACGAGCGGGUCUAUCUCGUGGUGCUGGCGCGUGUCCGGCUCUGCCAGCCUCUUCCCAUGGACAUUGUGCUCCGUAAGCGGCUGUGCGUCAACAUCUACAAGCCGACGUUCACCAACAAGCUGAUGCGCAGUAUCUCCCUGCGGCGGGGAGAUCAGGUGGAGGCCACAGGAGUCGUGUAUGAGGUGGUCUCCAACAUACCCAAGGCUAGUGAGGAGUUGGAGGACCGCGAGUCGCUGGCGCAGAUCGCCGGCUCCGGCACCGAGGCGGCUGACCCAGACGGAGAGACCUACAUCGAGAAGUACCUGCAGGGUGUCUCGGCGGUGGACAGUAUCCUGCGUCUGGACCGGCUGCGGCAGAGUGUGGCCGUCAAGGAGCUAGUGCAGGAGAGUGCCGGCCCGACCGGCACCGGCAGCAUGCGCAAGACGGCCAGUGUGCCCAACAUUAGCUACUUCCAGCGUUCUGACGGCGCGAAUCGGUCGGAGAGUUUCCUGGACCUGGGCGGUCUGCAGUCGGGAGGUGACGGCGGCGACCCCUCGCCGCACCACCUCCACCACCGGAUGUCACUGGGACCAGGAGCCAAGCUCGACUCGGGACCCCGCUCGGCCAACCGUCCGACCUUCCUGAACCUGUCGGCCGGGAUGCGACUCUCGGGCGCCAUGUCCAAGUGUAGGUCGAUGCUGGCCGGCCUCAGCGGCUCGCUGAUGGCGCUGCAUGAGGAGACUGGCGGCGAGCGGCCCCAGUCGCCGCCGUCGCCGCCGCCGCCGCCGCCACCCCAGCUGCUGCUGCCAGCGCAUGGUGCACCCACCCCGAGCCCGGGUUCCCUGAAGCUGGCCUCCCGUAUGACCACCCUGCACGAGGACCACGACAGGGAGGGUUCGCCGGAGCCGAGCGACAGCUGCCUGCCCGCCAACGGACCCACGCCGCUGACCACGGGUCGCGGCGGCAUGGCGGCGCGGGCGCGGCUAGCCGGUCGGAUGCGCAGCUCUCGGACGUUCGACUCGCUGGUGGAGAUCCCGGCUCCGGCCAAAACCAACUCACCCAGCGUCACCUCCAGCGGGUACGGCUCGCAGGCUGUGAGUUCUUCCAACCUGUGCAGCGAGGACUCGAUGUCGCUGCAGAGCAUAGACGAGACUCCGGACUCUGAGGCGAGCGUAGUGCCGGCGCGGCGGCCCGGCGCCGGGGCGGGUCGGCUGCCGGCGCCGCCUCCGCUCCGGCAGCGCAGCGCCGAGGUGCACCGCGAGCCCGACCCGGACCCGGAGCCGGAGCCGGAGACGGCGCGACAGACGGAUCCGGAGCCGGAGACGGUGCGACAGACGGACCCGGACCCGGAGUCGGCGCGGCAGAUAGAGGAGGCCGAACCCAAGCCAGAGCCUGAACCGGGGCCCGAGCCGGGGCCUGAGUCUGAGGCUGAACCGGAGCAGGAUCCAGAGCCGGAGACUCGACUGGAGGAGCCGGAGCCGGCGGCGCCUCAGAACGGUCUGCCGGUCGGUGAGGAACCGCUGGAACCGUCAGAGGGCUCUCGUACGGAGCUGGAGGAGCCUCCUGCCGGAGGGCAGUCGGAGGUGCGCGGUACUCCGGACAGCAGCCGUCAGACGCCACUGGAGGGGAGCGCUCCCGAGUGGAGCACGCCCGGCAGUCAGGAGGGCGACCACGGUCACAGCAGUCCGGAGGGCGAGCCCGGCCACGGCAGCCAGGAGCUGACGCCCGACGCCGUCUCCGGCACGGGUCCCGAGUUCGGCCUACCCGAGUGGGUGACGGCCGGCGAAGCGGUGCUGGUGCGGCCACAGUCGCUGGCCGGUCACAUUCGGUUCGUCGGUCCGGUCCGCUUCGCCCCCGGCUGCUGGGUCGGCGUGGCGCUCGACCUGCCGCAGGGCAAGAACGACGGUACCGUAAAAGACGUGCAGUAUUUCCAGUGUCAGCCGAAACAUGGCAUCUUUGUGCGCGCUGACAAGCUGAUCUGGGACCACCGGAGGAGUCGGGCCGAGCGGUCGAGAAACGGCCAACCGGCCGCGGGCGGGCGCCGGCUAUCGGGGAAAGCGGACCUGACAUCCCCACUGGCGGCGUCGCCGGCAGGUCGGGCCCGGAGCGAGGGCGGCUCCAGCAAUAGGAAAUAGCGCAUCUGGCCGGGCGACUGCAGUCACACGCGCGGAAGAGCUUGUUAGAUUUGUGUGCCAAACGGCGGGCGGGUAGAGGUAGCAGCGGCGCGCGGUCGGUAGAGUAGGGCGGCAGCUCUCCAUGUCAGUGGUAGGAGCGGCGGCGGCGGCGCGCGGAGGUCACCGGACCGGACCGCGGCCGCCGCCGCCGACUCGUCAGCAGCGUGAUAACUCGGCGGGCCGGCCGGCCGGCGGCCGCGGGCCCGGACCGGCCCGGCCCGCCCGACUCAGUUCUCUAGCACUAAUUUAUGUUGGCCGGCGCGGCGGCGGCCGGCCGCCGGUGGACCACGGGGUCCGGCCGGCAGCCGACCGCGCCGCGCGGCCCCCAGAGCUUUACGGGCCGGCCGAGAGGCGCGCCAGGGGCGCCGCGGCCGGCCGCGCGCGCGUGCGUUCCGCCCAGUACGAUUGCGUCCAGUCAGACAUUCCAGCGGGCUGUGUGCGUGAGUAAUUGUGUGUGUGUGUGUGUGUGUAUGUGUGAGGCAGGGGAGCAGACGGCGCCAGUAAGCACCCGGCAGGGCAGGCGGCGGCGCCGGCUCGGUCCCCGCCGCCGGACUUUUAUCUUCAAACCGCAAUGAGAGCAGCUACUGUGGAUGGCAGCUGUGCAGUGAGAGUGAGUGAGCAGGACAUUUGACAGCUAUACCGGCGCGCUAGUCCAAUGUGCGCGCGCGGCGCCAUUUUGGCGCGCUCUGAGUCAGAGUUGGAUAGGGGCGUGUGGCCUCGGAGGCCGGCGAAGUCAUUAGCAUACUGUUAGAAUACAGCCGGCAUACCGA